CGCGCCCCGCCGUAGCCCUCGCCCCGCCCCGGCCCGCGCCGGCCGCGCCACGGUUCCCACGGCGCUCGCCCUCACGCGCCCGUCGCCUCCCGUCCUCCCCGCUCGCGGCCCAGCCCGCCCAGGCCUCUCGCGAACAUGGCGCUUGUCCCCAGCCAGGUGCUGCGGGUGGCGAUCCUACUGUCCUACUGCUCUAUCCUGUGCAACUACAAGGCCAUCGAAAUGCCCUCGCAUCAGACCUACGGAGGGAGCUGGAAAUUCCUGACGUUCAUUGAUCUGGUUAUCCAGGCUGUCUUUUUUGGCAUCUGUGUGCUCACUGACCUUUCCAGUCUUCUGACUAGAGGAAGUGGGAACCAAGAGCAAGAGAGGCAGCUCAAGAAGCUCAUCUCUCUCCGGGACUGGAUGUUAGCUGUACUGGCCUUUCCCGUUGGGGUUUUCGUCGUAGCGGUGUUCUGGAUCAUUUAUGCCUAUGACAGAGAAAUGAUAUACCCGAAGUUGCUCGAUAAUUUUAUCCCAGGGUGGCUGAAUCACGGAAUGCACACGACGGUUUUGCCCUUUAUAUUAAUCGAGAUGAGGACAUCGCACCAUCAGUAUCCCAGCAGGAGCAGUGGACUCACGGCCAUAUGUACCUUCUCUGUUGGCUAUAUAUUAUGGGUGUGCUGGGUGCAUCAUGUCACCGGCAUGUGGGUGUACCCUUUCCUGGAACACAUUGGCCCAGGAGCCAGAAUCAUCUUCUUUGGGUCUACAACCAUCUUAAUGAACUUUCUGUACCUGCUGGGAGAAGUUCUGAACAACUAUAUCUGGGACACACAAAGAAGUAUGGAAGAAGAGAAAGAGAAGCCUAAAUUGGAAUGAGAUCCAAGUCUAAACAGAAGAGCUGGACCACUGAAGACUCAUUCGCCUCUAGCAUUGGCAGUGCAGGAGAGAAAGCUUCACAGGAAGUGAUGGCAUCAGCCCCCACCUCCCUGCCCCAGAGGGAGGACACCUUUUCUAUUAAAUAUGUACAAAAAUAGAUGACAGUUGUUUCCAAAGCAACUCACCCUCAUUGUGUUUGAAAGAAUUCUUUCCAAAUUCAUUAUGAUAACAUCUUUUUUUCCCUUUUCUAGUUUUGAAAUUAAAAUUGGUCUUUGGAUUUUCAUUUUUGCAAUUAUAACCCCAUUUAAUCAAGGGAGAGUAAACUUUUCUUGUGUUUCUUGUUGAGAAAUACGUUGAAGUCAGAGGGGCAGAUGAAGAGGAAUUCAUUCAUGUAGUUAGUCCUCAAGGUGGCUGGAAUAAUGAACCAAGGCUGCGCUGAGGGCCCUAGAGGAAGCAGGAUAGAUGUUUCUAUUGCAAUAACGCCACAGUUGCCUCAAAUGGGCAAUGUUAGUAAUAAUCACAUCAAUUUAGCCAAACCCUGAGUGCAUUUGGAUCUCCUGAUUUAAUCCUGCGAACUUUUCCUCGAUGCAAACUCUAACUUCAAUAAAGACCAAGCAACUCUGAACCCGAUGUCUGCUUGGUGCAUCUCAAAAUCCUGA